CGCGUGGAGCCUCUCCUCAGUCAGCAUCGGGGCUGGAGUUCUGGACUAGAGCGUCGGGCGCGCGAGGGUCUUCGCCAUGCCCCACAGGCGGAAAAAGCCCUUCAUAGAGAAGAAAAACGCUGUGACGUUUCACUUAGUACACAGAAGUCAGAGGGACCCCUUGACGGCGGAUGACACUGCGCCCCAGAGGGUCCUCUUACCUGCACAAAAGGGAGAUGAUGAGAAGAGAAGAGAAGAACAGAGAAAAUACGGAGUAUUCUUCGAUGAUGACUAUGACUAUUUGCAACAUCUCAAAGAAGCUUCUGGACCUUCUGAGCUUCUGCCAGCAAACAGACCAGAUGCACAAGGCAGGAUUGUAGUAACCACAAAAGGAGAGAUAGGAGAGGAAAUUCAACAUAUACCAGUACCCACUAUUAACUUGCCUUCAUCAGUGUUUGCAUCAGAAUUUGAGGAGGAUGUGGGACUGCUAAAUAAAGCUGCUCCUUUUUCAGGGCCUAGGCUGGAUUUUGACCCUGACAUUGUUGCAGCACUUGAUGAUGACUUUGAUUUUGACAAUCCAGACAAUCUCCUUGAAGAUGAUUUCAUUUUAAGAGCCAAUAAACCAGGGACUACAGAUGAAGAAAAGGAAGGUUCUUGGGAGUAUAACUCUGGAGAUGAAGAUGAAUGGGAGGAUAUGGAAGAAGAAGAAGAAAAAGAUGGAAAAAAUGUACAGAGUGAUGAGGAAUAUGAUUCUGAAGGUCCUUUGUCAGAUGACAGUGAAAUCAGAGGAGAGAUGAAAGAAUUUCUUUUCAUGCAAGAAGAGACUAAAAGUCGUUUCACAGAAUACUCUAUGACCUCUUCAGUAAUGAGAAGGAAUGAACAGUUGACCCUUUUGGAUGAGCGAUUUGAGAAGUUUUUUGAGCAGUUUGAUGAUGAUGAAAUCGGAGCAUUGGAUAAUGCUGAAUUAGAAGGCUUCAUUCAAAAUGACAGUACUCGGUUACAGGAAAUCUUGAAUGAUUACUACAGAGAAAAAACAAAAAACUGUGUGAAACUUAAUGAACUUGAAAUCAAAGAAGAUUCAGAGCUUGUCCUGGAUAAGGAAAAAGAUGAGAAAGAAGAGCUUGUAACACUGAUUAUUAAAGAACCUAAAGAAACUUGGGACUGUGAAUCCAUUCUGAGUACCUACUCAAACUUGUACAAUCAUCCAAAAGUUAUUGAAGUUCCACAAAAGCCCAAACCAAUCAAAGUGUCUAAUAAGACAGGAAUCCCUUUAGAUGUUUUGCCACAAAGAAGACUUACAGCUAAACAGGUUGAACGUAUGCAGAUGAUUAAUGACUGUGACCUGCCACGAGUAUCCACACAACCACGAUCUAAACAUGAGAGUAAAGAAGAUCGGAAAGCUAGAAAACAAGCUAUCAAAGAAGAACGAAAAGAGCGCAGGGUGGAGAAGAAAGCCAACAAAUUGGCCUUCAAGCAAGAGAAGACAAGACAAGAGAAAGAACUACUUAACCUGAAACAGAAUAUUCAAGGACUCAAGUUGUCAUAACAUUGGAAGAAUUGUUUCAUCUUAAAGAUAAGACACUAUGGACAGUGCUUUUCAAAAUUCUGACUUAGUCACUUGCCAGUGUUUGCUGAAAUAUAAUUUUUCUGUUGCUACAAAAAAUAAAAUUAUAUCUUUCUUAUA